UGAAUUUGAAAAUGUGAGGCCCAAUAAUAGAGAAGAAGAGAAUAUAUGGUUAUGGUUAUAAAUCUACAUGUCGGGAACCGGAACCAGAAGCAGCAGAGGAAGCUCAAUAUGUCAGUCUCACUUGUCAAUGUUUCUUCGUGUGCACAGCCACUGUGGAAAUCAAAGAAGCUCAUAAAACCCUCGGCAUUAACAAAGAAGCUGAAUCCCAGCAGCAGAAGAGUGCGUUUGGGAAACUAUCACGGGGUUAAAGCGUUUUUCUCCAAUCCUAUUGAAGAGCCUAUUGUCAGAAAAGCGCUUCAGGAACCAGUUGCUUUCAUGGGAGGGAUGUUUGCAGGCCUUCUACGACUUGAUUUGAAUGAUGAUCCACUCAAGGAGUGGGUUUCAAGGACUGUGGAAGCCUCAGGGAUUACAGAGGAAGAAGUUGAUGCUGAAGGAUUUAACCCUGAAGAAGAAACCCCGCAACAGAUUGAGAUUGAAUAACAUCUUAUUUCUCUUUAUGUAAUAUGUACACAACAUCCGGGAACCUAUCCCUGGAUUAUUAAGCAUGUAAUUAUGAGCUGCUGAAAUAAGUUCUGCUGAGAACUUAUGUAAGCUACUUUUUGUAUGGAGUUUGUCUCAUCGGAAGUAUCAUUUAUUCUUAUGCAGUUGUGGCUG